UUCUUUUUCAAUGUGUGAAAUGUAUCACCCUUUCCCAACGGGGGCGCUCUUCUUCAAGAGUACUAGAAUCUCUCACAUCCUCCUAACGUAGAAGAGGAAGAGCAAGAUGGCGGAGCGAGGCUACAGUUUCUCCCUGACCACAUUUAGUCCGUCUGGUAAACUGGUCCAGAUUGAGUAUGCCCUGGCAGCUGUAGCAGCUGGAGCUCCUUCAGUUGGCAUCAAAGCUUCCAAUGGAGUCGUUCUGGCAACAGAGAAAAAGCAGAAGUCUAUUCUGUAUGAUGAACAAAGUGUGCAUAAAGUGGAGCCCAUCACGAAGCACAUAGGCAUGGUCUACAGUGGUAUGGGCCCUGACUACAGGGUUUUGGUUCGGCGUGCUCGGAAGCUGGCGCAGCAGUACUACUUGGUGUAUCAGGAGCCAAUUCCCACAGGACAACUUGUGCAGAGAGUGGCCUCUGUAAUGCAGGAGUACACACAGUCUGGUGGAGUUCGUCCGUUUGGCGUCUCACUGCUGAUAGCCGGAUGGGACGAGGACCACCCAUACCUGUUCCAGUCUGAUCCCUCUGGUGCAUAUUUUGCAUGGAAAGCCACAGCCAUGGGAAAGAACUACGUUAAUGGAAAAACAUUCCUUGAAAAAAGAUAUAAUAAUGAUCUUGAGUUAGAGGAUGCCAUCCACACAGCCAUCCUGACCCUCAAGGAGAGUUUCGAGGGUCAGAUGACUGAGGAAAACAUUGAGGUGGGAAUCUGCAAUGAGGCUGGAUUCAAAAGACUCACCCCAGCAGAGGUGAAGGACUACUUGGCAGCUAUUGCGUGAACACAUCUCCCUGACAGAAGAGCCUUCUGCCCUCACUUCAAGACAAAGACUUGAGUGCAGUAGCCAAUAAUCUCAUGACACAUUGUUGUAGACCACUGUAUUGAUAUGUUUUGACUUUUUUGUUGAAUGAUUACAUAGUUAAAGGGCAUCCCCUUCAAAGCAUCACUAUAUGCAAAAUAAUACGUUAUAAACUAGGCUCCUGCUACCUGCUGACCAGCAUACAGUCUCAACAAGUAAAUAUCCCUGUCACACCUACCACUCUAAUGUGUAAUGGGACAAUUGGCUACUGUGCAAAAUAAAGGAAUGCCGGGUCCAGAUUCAUAAAUUUUUAAACUAUCCACUUACUCUUAAUUUUCUUGUUUAAAUCUUGUAAUUGCGACACUGCACAAUUUAUUUAACAAAGACUUGCAUUGUGCACUAAGGUAAAGUUCUACUCAACUUAUCUGUACAAGAUCAAAAUGCAAAAUAUUUCAAAUUGGGCAGUUACUGCAAGGUACAACUUGAGGAGUGGAUGGUCUUAAAAUUUGAGAAAUAUCUGGCUGCCUAUACAGUUUUACAUGUACUUUUUUCAUUAAAGAAACUAUUCUUAAAUUUGUAUUUUCAAUUCUGUUAUCUGCCACUUAACCAAAAUAAUAAAAAAAAAUGUGUUCGAA